UGCGUGUUACAAUCGUGGAGUUUUCAGGAGGCUUUUUGUUUGAGCAGAUGAGCAGCAGACCUGGCAGAGUAUAGGUAGAACAAACUGUGGGCGCUCAAGGCUGUGUUUUACCUGUAAACCUUUACUGGCAACAACUUUUGCAUUGAGUGUUUAGGAAGGUUUAGAGAUUGAAAAGCCUAGUUGAAGACCAGCUGCAGACUACGUCGCUGUUCUUUUCUGCGAAAACACGUAGUCUAUUAGGUUAUGCCCAGGUUUUCAGAAUGAGAUUUCCGAAAAGAAGACGACACGCUGCGGUAGAAGAUGCGUCAGAGAUGUCUGCCCGAUUCCGAAAUCCCUUCGUUCACGAGUUAAAAUUUACACUACUGCAAAAAAUCAAGAUCGGCCUGAUGACGGUGACUCUGCUCCCGUUCCGCCUAUUCCUGGCCGCCUUCUGGAUGCUCCUGGCCUGGCCCUUCGCCUUCGUGGCCACUGUGGGCCGCGCCGACAACACCGUGGAGCCGGUCAGCUGGUGGAGGUGGCUGGUGGACCUGGCCCUGAAGGCCAUCAUGCGGGCCAUGUGGUUCUCCGGAGGCUUCCACUGGGUGCGGGUGAAGGGUCAGCCAGCUCUGCCCAGUGAGGCACCCAUCCUCACUCUGGCGCCUCACUCCUCCUACUUCGAUGCCAUCCCCGUUACCAUGACGAUGGCCUCCAUAGUUAUGAAGGCGGAGAGCAAGGAUAUUCCCGUGUGGGGCACACUCAUUAAGUUCAUCCGGCGGUGUUUUAGAUUAAAGGCGCCAGGGCAUGUUCAGGAGGAGUGGCCCCAGAUCAUGAUCUUCCCUGAGGGGACAUGCACCAAUAGAUCCUGUCUCAUCACAUUUAAGCCGGGUGCCUUCAUCCCCGGAGUGCCUGUUCAGCCGGUGGUGCUUCGUUAUCUUAAUGACAUGGACACAAUCUCAUGGACGUGGAGAGGGCCUGGAGCGUUUAAAAUCCUGUGGCUCACUCUUUGUCAGCUGAACAACCGUUUGGAAAUUGAGUACCUCCCGACUUACACACCUUCAGAAGAAGAGAAGAGCGACCCUGCUCUGUUUGCUACCAAUGUGCGUCGGCUGAUGGCUAAAGCACUGGACACACCCAUAACUGACUAUUCCUUUGAGGACUGCCAGCUUGCCAUGGUUGAGGGCCCGCUGCGUCUCCCGGGCAACACGUGCCUACUGGAGUUUGCAAGGCUGGCGCGCCGACUCGGAUUGAAAGCAGGGCUCUCAGAUGAAGUCCUACAGGAACAGGGCAGCAGGGCACGCAAGCUGUGGGGAGACAAGCUGGGACUGGCAGACUUUGCCCAGUGUAUCAACCUGCCUGUGACAAACAUGCUUCAGGACAUGUUUGACAUGUUUGAUGAGUAUGGUACUGGGCAGGUGGACAUGAGGGAGUACGUCAUCGCCUUAUCAAUGGUCUACAGACCCUUUAAAGGCCUGGACACCAUUAAACUGGGGUUCAGGAUGUUUGAGGCGGAGGAGGAUGGAGGUGUAACUGAGGAGGAUUUGUCGACCCUCCUCAGAAGCACUCUGGGCCUGACCGACCUGGAGACCUCACGCAUGUUCACAGUGCUGGACUCUGCUCAUAAAGGGAGAAUCACAUUCGAGGAGUUUGAGCAGUUUGUGGAGCGGUGUCCAGACUUUGUGGACCGGUACCUCCUCAGCUCUGGGUCAUCCCAGCCCAGCUGUCCUGUGAUCACACCGCCCCCGGUGUCCAGCAACGGCUUCUGCACAGACUUCAGCCCCCACGACCAACAACAUAGCCACACAAACAACUACACUCCAACGGACAACAAGAAGGUCAACUAGGCUGUUCUCUCAACACUGUGUGUGUGUGUGUGUGUGUGUGUGUGUGUGUGUGUGUGUGUGUAUGUGUGCCUGUGUGUGAGUGAUUUUAUUUUGUGUUCCAGACUGAGCAAAAAUAUUCUUUUAUGAGUGUUAAAUGAAGAGGAGGUGGACUGCGAAUGGACACUCACGUCCAUUAACCCUCUUUUGAUUACACUUGUUUUAUUUAUAAAGCAUUUUAGUCGUUUUUUGAGGGCUGAUAUAUUGGUUUUUAUUAUUGAACAUUUCACAGUUUUGUCCUGAAGUCCUUUCAUUCAUUGAAGGAACUUAUGAAACCCAAUUUCAACAAUAUAUGUUUUAUAAUGUUUUUGAGAGAGUAUCAACUAUUUAUUUUGGAAAAAUAUUUUUUUCCUCUAUAUUUAUACAGAUUCCCGCUCAACAUGGUUGGAAUACAGCUAAAACACAAAAUUCCCAUUUUAAAAUGUAUUUCAAUUACCAUGGCAUAGCCUUCUGUGACCUCACUUCAGUUGCUGCGGUGGGCUCAGACAUAGCUGGAAUAUUUUCUUACACAGACACUCAUUAUCACAAACACUCUUCCUGUUCUCUCAUUCGCAUUCCAUUGCCGGUGUGAUCCUUGAGUUCCUUGGGCCCCUUUAGAACUACAAUAGCCUUCAUUGUAGAUCUUAGAAGACGUUAACACAUUUCUGGUUUUUUUUUUAAACAUCCACAAUAGAGCAUCUUCACCAGCUUGUGUAUAUACCACAGUUAAGUGAAAUAUCAACUAAGGAGAGGCCAGACAGCGCUCCCUUUGUUGAUGAGUAAGGCAAAAGAGAAAGCUAUCCAAAGGUCAAAAACAUUAACUACUAAGGGAUUUUUUUGUAUCUAAAUGGCCAUUGAAGUAAUUAUGUUGGCAUCAGAUCUUUCUUCAGAAUCACACAAAGGUUUUAUCCCCAAUUAGUUUCAGACUACAGACCCAGAUUAUAAUCUGGACAGGAUAUACUCAUUGCAUAUCAUAACACACUAUCUCUAUCACUCAUGGUUCUGUUUUCAGUCUAUUAAGAGCCAAGGAUCACUCCUGCAUAGUGUUCAGAAAGAAAUGCUGUCAUGUGCUGUUACAUACACUAUAUCAUAGUUUGAUGAAUAGGAUGAGAUCAAACUCAACAGUCCGCUGACCAUUAUACUGUCUCAGGUGGUCAGUGGCUCUUAAUCCAAUCUGUCCCUGAUCCAGCAGCACAUCCCAAAUCAAGGGGGUGAGUUGCUCUGUUCAAUCUGUUUUUGUGUUUUAUUUUUUGCUUUUAGAACAUGUUUUUAGAACACUCACCAGUACAGUUUUUUUUAUGGAAUGUGGAUUGAACUGCUGUUUUAAACCAAGAUUAUUUUUAUCUGAUGUACUGAGGUAUUUUUCAUUGUUUCUUUGUCAUUGGAGAAGACAAAGUGAGGAAUAAAUAUGCGACCAUAUGAACUGAA